UUGCAUAAAAAAGGAAUAAUAAUAAAUUUGUAUCUCAUUCCCUUCGCUAUAGGAAAGGUCGAUGUAUUUUCGAUAAAGAACCUUCUAUUCGUGUGCGGUGUUUAUGUUUACUGAUUAUUAACAAUCGCUUGAAUGUGUUUAGUAUACUUUAAAUUACGAUGUGACAUAACUUUCUAUAAAAUAGUAGGGAUUAUUGCGUUAUAAACUUGUAUUGUUUACAUUGAGUAGUAGCGGUAUGAAAUUAACAAGUCGCAUAACAACCGGCGGCAUCGCGCAGCUUCGGCCUGAAAGUUAGGGACAAAAUUCAAUAACGAAUUGGCCAUUUUAUUGAUGGCCGGGGGGGAGGCUGGGUGGAGACAGACGGUCGGUGGCAGCAGUUAAGAAUGGGGGUGCACCGACGGCACCAUUAGUUUCCCGGCACACUGGGGCGUGGGCGUCGGGGGCGUGGCACGGGGCGUGGGCGUGCCCGUGCCGCCCCCCGGCGACCUCCUCGCCACUAUAUCCAUGUUCGAACAGCAGAUCAAGGCGGAGCCCAUGAGCUUGUUCCCCAGCUUCUACACAUCACACGCCCACGUCCACUCCGGCCCGCCCACGAUCAUCCGCUCCGACUCCCAUGCCAUCAUCAACAUGAACCAGCACCAUCCCGAAGACUCCAAGGAUAGCCUCAUAGUACAACAGCAAGUACAACAUCAGCAGGAUCUGAUGGACCAACAACACCAGCAAGAUUUACAGCAAGACGACGAAGUUAGUGAGCUAAGCUUUAAAGGAAUGGAUGAUGAAGGCGUCGAAAUGGAUAUAGAUGGGCGCCAAUGCUCUCAGGGCUUGGGCGUCGAUAUGGGUUCAGUUCAAACAAAAAUGGAAGUAUCAAAUGGAGGCCAAACAACACCACGAUCAAAACCACAAGCCUGUAAGGUUUGCGGGAAGGUACUCUCGUCCGCUUCAUCUUAUUAUGUUCAUAUGAAGCUUCAUUCCGGAAACAAGCCUUUUCAGUGCACGGUUUGCGACGCAGCUUUCUGCCGCAAACCGUACCUGGAGGUGCACAUGCGUACACACACAGGCGAGAGGCCGUUCCAAUGCGAUCUAUGCCUCAAACGGUUCACCCAGAAGUCCAGCCUCAACACGCACAAGCGCGUCCACACCGAUGAGCACAUGCGCGCCUUGAUGGUGAAGGAGCGGCCCUACAAGUGUGAGCUCUGUGGCGUCAGGUUCACGCAGAGCUCCAGCCUCAACCGCCACAAGAAAAUACACACGGAGGAACACAGACGUGCGCUGCUGGCCAAGGAAAGGCCCUACCAAUGCGGCGUCUGCUAUCUCAGAUUCACGCAGAAAUCGAGUUUGGGCCGGCACGGGAAAAUUCAUACCGAGGAGCACAGACGAGCCCUGUUAGAGAAAGUGCGGCCGUACCAGUGCCACAUCUGUUUUAUGCGCUUCACUCAGAAGUCCAGCCUGGGCCGACAUGGGAAAAUACAUACUGAGGAGCACAUACAAUCGCUGAUCAACAAGGUGCGCCCGUAUCAAUGCGACAUUUGCGACAAGAGGUUCACGCAGAAGUCGAGCCUGGGCACUCAUAAGCGUAUACACACUGGGGAGCGUCCGUUCCAGUGCACCGUCUGCCUCAAGUCCUUCACGCAGAAGUGCGCGCUCAAUUUGCACGAAAAAAUACAUACGGUGCAAGGGCGCCCUUACACGUGCGGGCUUUGCCCGGCGGCCUUCGCCCGCCGCCCCUACCUGGACAUUCACUUGCGCACGCACACAGGCGAGCGGCCCUAUCAGUGCGACGCCUGUCUCAAGCGCUUCACGCAGAAGUCCAGCCUCAAUAUACAUAAGAGGACGCACACAGUCCAGGGCAGACCGUUCCAGUGCCUGUCGUGUCCCGCGGCCUUCACCUGCAAGCAGUACCUGGAGAUUCACACGCGCACGCACACCGGCGAGCGGCCCUAUCAGUGCGACAUCUGCCUCAAGCGCUUCACGCAGAAGUCCAGCCUCAACAUCCACAAGCGGACCCACUCAGUUCAGGGCCGGCCUUUCCAGUGCCUACAAUGCCCGGCCGCCUUCACUUGCAAGCAGUACCUGGAGAUCCAUAAUCGCACGCACACAGGCGAAAGGCCUUAUCAGUGCGAUGUUUGUCUGAAGAGAUUCGCGCAAAAGUCCACACUCAAUAUACAUAAACGAACGCACACAGUGCAAGGUCGACCGUAUCAGUGCAUGGAGUGCCCGGCCGCGUUCACUUGCAAGCCGUAUUUGGAGAUUCACAUGCGGACUCACACGGGGGAGAGGCCGUUUGAGUGCGAUGUGUGUUACAAGCGCUUCACGCAGAAGUCUACGCUCAACAUUCACAAGCGAAUUCAUACUGGGGAACGGCCUUAUGCCUGUGACAUUUGUCAGAAACGAUUCGCCGUCAAGAGCUACGUAACAGCACACAGAUGGUCGCACGUGGCCGACAAGCCGCUGAACUGCGACCGCUGCUCCAUGACGUUCACGUCCAAGUCGCAGUUCGCGCUGCACAUCCGCACGCACUCGGCCGGCUCCUGCUACGAGUGCAGCGUCUGCGGGCGCACCUUCGUGCGGGACAGCUAUCUAAUACGACAUCACAACCGCGUGCACCGCGACAACCACAGCAACGUGUCGGCCAACAGCAUCGGAACCAUCAACAACGUCGCCACCAACACCAACAACUCGAAUAAUAGCAACUUUGUUGAUUCGCCCGGCGUCUGUGACUUAAGCUUUGUUCCUAUGGUGAAUCGUUAUAUGACAUCUCAAGGAACGCAAGUUUCCAUGCAAGAUACGAGCAAGAUGUCUGCUAUGUCGCCGCAGUCUAUCGCAUCGAUAUCUUCGCCGCCUCCGCCGCACACCCCCACUCCGCAGCCCCAGAUGUCGGGUCAGAUGCACCUGGCAGACUGAUCGCCACAAAAGCUCUCGGUUGACUUGUAAGCAGCCUGAGUGCAAGUUGCGUGGCAGCCAACAACAAGAGCAGCUAUUUACAGAAUAAGAAUAAAUAUAAAGUCAUCAAUAUCGAGGAGAGCGGUUGUUUCCGUCUGGAUUGUCGGCAUGGACCGGGCACGGAUUGUUUAUUUGCUAGGAGUUUAUUUAGCUACUGUUGAGUUCGUCGGGCGUGACGCGCGAGCGUCGAGUCGCGAGUCGCGAGCGGAGCCGGUGGACAUCACAAUAGGACGAGAGUAGCGAGUAGUCAGUAGCGGUACCGCCUAUGAUAUGCAUUGUGAUUUAUAUCCACAACUGUGAUUUAUCUAUACCAUCACAUAAUUAUAUUAAGCUUCGUGGUGGCAUUCAUAAAUCGUUACUUAAAAAAAAGUCUCAUCAUAUAGAUUGUAGGCCUAAAUUUUUGAUCUCAUAUUCUAAUUUGCUUAGUGGUAACUUUUGGAUCGUGAAUGGUAAAUCUCCAACUUGAAAUUCUAAAUUUUGACGUUCGCCGUUCGCUUGUCGUAUACAUACAAUCUUCGUAAGGCGUAGUGAAUUGUAACAAUAUCUUAUUGCGAUGCUUUAACUUAAAUAGAAUGUGUCGGUGUAUAAUGAAGUCGGAUAAUUUUUAUAGUGCUGUUACCGAUGAGACGUAUUUUGAUCACUGAGAAGAUUAAAUUACUAGAUGAUACUUCCCGUAGUAAUCCAUAAGACGGUUCCAGUUCAUAUAAACUAAUAAUAAUGAAGAAGUACAAAUAAUUCCACAAAGUGCAGAUUCCUCAGAGGCAAUAUUGAAAGCUUCACAAAAUGAAUAACUUUAAUAUGAUGUUUAUUGGAGAAAUCCAGAGAAGUGCCUGUUGCAACAUAAAAUUGGCAAUAUUUUUGAAUCGUAUUGCGUUGGUUGGUAAAGUUAUGUUCAGUGUUCAUGCGUGUGACGCCGCCUGGGUCGGCGUGGAGUGGACUCGCUGCGUGCGGGCGCUAUAGAGUGGAAGCAAUAAGCGCGCCGGCGGGCUGGCACGACAGAGCGUAUAAUUUGUGAAGCUUCUUACUAAACUUUGUGUGCCUUCUAGCGGAUAGCGACAUUAGGCAAUAUCAUCGUAACACCAUUGAUUAAACUUCAUAUACAUUAACUAAUUUUCAAUGUGAAUGUUCAUGUAGAGUAUUUUCUUGAAAAUGUCGUACACAGAGUGUUAUCGUUUACCAAUUAGGAUAUAAUAUAGUAUAUAUGCCCUUAUCCGUAUCACAAAGGAAAAUCGAUAAAAACCAUACUAUUUAUUUCCCUUAGUCGUUUGUCGAAUAAUAGUAAUAACGAAUAGUAUAUAGCGCAGUAGUCUUCCAAAACGCCGAGACGUUCGUGCACACUCGUGCACUCGGCACGGGCCGGUGCCGUGUCCGCUGCGGGGGUUCCUUAUGGUUUGCCAUUUUGAUAUCAAAGAUAGAUUGGUGCCAUUUCUUGUAAAUGAUGUGGUAGAGUAAGUUAGUUAAGUCUGCAGGUCAGGGUAGAAUUGGACAUAGAAUAUUGUAAGAGUACUCGCCUUCUCAUAGUGUGUUACGUACCGACAUCAUACUUUUUAUUUGUUUUAUUUGGAUUUAUUUUUCUCCUUGUUAUUGUUUACCUUGUUGCAUAGAUGCAUUAUUUUAUUUCCAUCUUGUUGCGUGUGUCCAUGUGCUGGGUUAGAAAUUGUAAAUAUUGGUAGGGUUUAUUUAUUGAUUGAUAUGGAAGGAAAACAAUCCACGAUAGGAAUAAUAGGGACUAACGACGAGACGUCUACCAAAAAUACGAGUCGAAAUUGAGGAAAACAUCGUUCGACUAAAAUUAGAAUACUUAGUGCGGGACUACUUUUGGGUAUAAAAAACAAAAUUUCCUUGUAGAUGUAUGUACAUAUAAUAAUAUACAUAUGGAUGUUGUUUGAUAGUCCUCGAUAUUUUUUUAUAUUUUGAUAGUUCUGUAUUUAAAAGAAAACACGAGAAAAUAGGCCAAUAUCUCAUUUAUCAUUUUAAAAUAAAAAAAAAUAUGUACACAAUAUUUUAAGAUAAAAUACGGUAAUAUGAAUACGACGGAUGCAUUUAGUUGCCCAGAAAUAAAAUGUAUAAGGUUACGACUAUCAGAUAAUUGUCUUCGAGUUCUUGUACACUUUUAGUAAGUUUCUUACCAAGCCAUUGAGAACAGUAUUAUUUAGACAAACUAACUUGAGUUUUACGAGUAGUAUAUAUCUUUCAGCUACCAUUAUAACUCACCAUUGAAAAUUAUAAAACAUAGUUUGUAACGGCAUUGUGUAGCACUACCUUUUAGGUGCUCCACAGUGUUGACACCAUGUAUUAUCCAUAGAUAUAUGAAUGGAAAUAGAAACACCAACAUAGCGAUUUAGGUACAUAUAAAAUAUAGAAAUGUAUGUUGCGUUACAACUUCGAUGUGGCGCAGCGAGGGUGAUCACGUUUUAUUUUCUAGAAUUAAUAAUAUAUUUUCGUUAUAAUUUGUUCACUUUCUUUAUUAUUGUUUUCUCUUGAAAUUAUACAUAAUUAUAUGAGCUAUAGUACCUCACCCUAGCCGAGCCAUUCCGGAAGUUGGCGCAAGGUCCUUUUUGUUACGAAGUAUAUUUCUGACUUUUUCGAUAAAUGCAGGUACAUUCGUCUACAUAAUCUGGUGAGUUUGUUCACUGGAAAUAUAUUUCGUAAGAUAUGAGGACCGAUAUAUAAUAUAAUAGCAGUGAAGGAACAUAAACUAAGGUCUGGCAAUAAGGUAGAGGAUCGAUUAUUUUGUGCCUUCACUGCUUAACUAUUUUACAUACCGAUGUUAGUUACUAUAUAUAGAGAAGUAAUGAGCCAUUUCAAUUUACGUAACCGUAAAAAUAGUUUUUAUUGUCUCCUCUACUUAUUUUCAAACGUAGAAAAGACUGAAUUACUUUAAAAAAUAAAGAAAUCCACAUUGAAACGUAAGAAUACUCACAUGAAUUCAUAUUGGCAGCGUUAUUUUUUGUUAUUUUUGGACCAUCGGCGGUUUUUGCGAUGGAGCAGCCCGUUGUUUUGUAAGCCCUUUACAUUCGGUUUUGAAAUCGUACAUAUCCUAAUAUCCCUCGAGUGUAAUGUAUACUUCCUGGAGGCCGAGUGCUAGUCUAGAGGCGGCCCGGGCCGUCGACCAGUUACAUUGGAUCGUAGGUUAACGAGCAGAUACAGUGAGCCUUGUGUAAUCAUAAUGUCUAAGGUACAUAUAUUUAGUUCUAUUGUAUCAUUAGAUUUAUGCGAACUUCCGCUUUGCCAAUUAUUGCGUUGCUUACAUUGUAAUCAUUAUGAGAGUACAGCCUAAGGAUUUUAACUUUUUUUUUAUAUACUGAGAGCUAUUUCUAAGUCACUAUUGUUUUUACAAUUAUCGUCUAUAUUAUAAUAAAAUUAUACGUGGCUGUAAGCCAUACUUAACCAAAUUUUGGAGUACUUUACAUAAUUUAAUUCCAAAUUUUUAUUAAAAAUUCUCUAAGCAAACAUCAUGGCAUGAUGGCUUUGGUACGUUUGUCAUUUAGUUAUAGCUCUUCAGAGUUUUAAUGACCAAUACUUUUAACUACUAAACUGUUUUCUUAUUGUUAAAAUUUUUAGGCUAGUUUUAAGUUAGGUUUGUUAACUGUGGUGUAUUAAACUGCACGCGGAUAUCGCUCUUACAGCCUCCUUUACAAGAAUCAUUUAUUUACUUGUUUAUAGUCUGACUACUUGUGAUAUUUUAUCAAAUAUUUUUGAUUUUUUUCUUAUAAAUCUUCAUAUUAUGUGAAUUAUUAAUUAUCCUUAUUGUUUAUAAUUGUUUAUUGUUAUACUUUGGUAUGCAACCUAAACGGUAGGCGGGGCUGUAAGAGUGUCUAUGUAGUCAGCAUUAUGUAUAUGCUUUAAUGUGAUUUUUUAAAUGUACUCUUUAUUAUAGUCUCAUCAAUCAAUAUAAUUAGCGAACUAACAAAGUGUUUUAAAUUUUUUUCAGUUCAUAGUGAUUUAUAUCGAGAUCAAAAUAAAUACAGAGUUUAUUUAAUUUUAUGGAAAAAUAUACAUUGUAAAAUUAUUCUUUAGUGCUCAUUUGCGAGCUCUAAUAAAAAAAGAAACUAUUAUGUGAAAUGCAAAAUAACAAGUCACGAUUCUUUUAGAAGUCGCCAUGUAGUGGAGAAAAAUAAACGUGCCAUGAUAUUUGUGGCUAA